CGGAGGUACGUUGAUAAUCUAAGCGCGUUCCAUCUCCUGCGUUUGUCUGCAUCAUCCGGCGGGGUCUUGACGGUGUAUUCGCCGCCGGUUUCUUCCGGAUGAUCUCCAACGUCAACGAUUCCGCGUCAUUAUCAUCACCAUCAUCUAAACUCGUACAAAAUAUUCAAAGACAAAUAUAUACGUUCGACUUUCUCGGAUUUCAUCGAAACAAUUCAUUAAAGGGGAAAGAAAGAAGGCGGAAGCGUCCAGAAUUGAUUACAAUCGAGCACAAUGCAUAAACCCAAUAAAAUUAAACGAUCGGAUCUGGUGGAUCAGUUACGUGAUUAUCAAAUUCGGUCGAAAAAUGAUUGGGCCUCCAUCUCCUUCUUCACCAAAACUGCAUCUCUUUCUUAUACUUCGUCUAGAAUGGAUAUGAUGAUGUUCGUAAUAUGGGAACUUCUGAUUUUAUCUUUUAUAGUUUCCUCAGUCGUCUCAUUAUAUUUAACGCAAGUGAAGCUCGCUUUUAUCUUAUCAACCAUCACAUCCUUAUUGCUGUUAUGCAUGAAGGUGACCAAGAAAGUAAAACUGAACAUGAAAAAGAACCGAAGGAUGCGUCUCCCUUUAUCAAUGUAAAAAGGGUGUUAUAGUCAACUUCUCCUGACUUUUUGUUGUGUAAAUUGAAACAAUAUUUUUACAUACCCGGUUUUGGUUCUUGCCAA